GGCUGGAAUUUGAUUUCUACAGGAUAUUGUUGGCCAUUGACAGAGAGCACUAUAAACACUCUACUCUCAGUGGUGCUGCCAGACCUGCUGGGCUUUUCCAGCAACUUCUGUUUUUGUUCCUGACUUACAAUAUCUGCAGUUCUUUCAGUUUUUAAAGAUUGAUCCUUUUUGAUGGACUGAUCAGAAUGUGGAACUUGAUACAUCAACAAGUGACCAAGGAAAGCUCAUACAAUAGAGGUGUACACAGCGUGUAAAGUUCAGAAAGAAACAAUGGAUGUGGGUCUGUCAGGACAGGUGAAACUACCAGAUGAAAAGCUUGCUGAAUCUGAAGACAAAGGAUUCAAGAAGAAGAACAGCUGCUGUUUCAGAAUAAUAGGGUGUAGGUUUAAGGGAGGGAAAUCAAAUAUGCAGCAACAUGAGACCGGAUCUGUUGGACAGCACCUUAAUCUUUUAAUGGAUGAAGUCAUGAAGCUGAAUCAGAAAGCAAUUUCUGCCACCCUUCAACCAGAUAUGCCAAGAAAUGUAAUGCACUUGGAGGUAGAAGCUUGCAAAAUUCAGUCAAGCAUCAUAGACUUUAAGAAAGUGCACCAAAUAAAUGAAGUCGGAAAAGAACUGCAAGAAUUCUGCAAGCUGAAGGAAGAAACAAAACAGUAUGUCACAGCUGUUGAGACAAAGUUAACUGCAUUUCAUGAUGCACUCACUGCAGUAUCAAGCAAGAUUAACAAGUGCUCAAGAAUUGCUACUACUUUGAAUGGGAAAAUACUGCUCAAUAACCAACAGUUUGUUGAUGUAGAAGACAAGCUGACAAAUGUUGAGUCUAGAUUGUAUCAAACAGAGCAGGCUAUACAAAAGACUGCAGCACGAAUGAUGGCACUGGAAACAAUGACACAGACUGGCGUAUUCAUCUGGAAAAUUGCACAAAUUAAGCAAAGAUUGCAAGAAGCUAUUGAUGGAACAACACCUUACUUGGAUUCUAGUGAAUUUUACCUUUGCAAAUACGGGUAUAAGAUGUGUCUUCGAAUAUAUCUCAAUGGCCAUGAAGAAGCUCAAGGAUCAUAUAUUUCACUUUAUUACAUUUUGCUCAAGGGACAGUAUGAUGCUUUGAUUCAGUGGCCUUUCAAAGAAAAAGUGAAGCUUGUUUUACUAAACCAGAGAGAUCGACAGCAGUCCAUUCUGAGGAUUUAUGUUCCAAAUGAGCAUGACCCAGCUUUAGAGAGACCUGGAGAAACUAUGAAUGCACCACGUGGCUUUGCCAUGUUUGUGACCUCGUUUGAAUUCAACCAGCGCUUCUCCGAGUUUGUGGCGAGUGAUGAAAUGUUUGUGGCUGCAGAAGUCAUCGAAGUAAAUUGAUUAUUAAGCUCUACAUUGGAAGAAGGCCAUGAUUUUGAUGUUGGGUGACACAAUUAGUAUUUAUCACAACACAGUAAAAAGUGAUGUAUAAAGUAUGUAACAUUGCCAUUUUUAAAGAAGUGUCCUGACCUGUAACAUCAGCUUUCCUGCUGCUCUGAUGCUGCCUAGCCUGCUGUGUUCCUCCACAGUGUUAUCUCUGAUACCAGCAUCAGCAGUUCUCACUAUCUCUUAUAGUGCCACCUGUUCUUUUGUCACUAUAGGAUAAUAGUAAACUUAAUGAUCAGGAUAUUUUCACAGAAAAACAAGUGCUAGGACAUUAAGAAAACACUUUAGAUUGAACAAUGAUGUAUUUCAGGAAUUAACAUGUGGAAAGUAUUCAUAGUAUUGUACUAUCGGUAUAAUGUGUUCACUUUUAAAAGAGAAGAUUGUGAUUCAAAAGGAGCAUUCCCCAAGCCUCCUUGAUCUGAUUGUUCCCAACCCUCCUGCUAAUGUUACAUUUUAGUGAACAGUUGGCAGAAGCCUGUCCGUCAUGCCCCAUAAUUCCUGCCAAUUGGGUCAAUGUCAGAUAUUCAAGCCUACAGAAAUACAGGAGCAUUCUGCCUAUUUGAGAGAGCAUGAAUAAACCCGUGACACUAUUUCAAUAAAACCAAACAGCUUCUUUGCCCAACAUUGUUCCCUCAAGCCUCAUCACCUGAAAACAGUUCUUCAUGACAUUACUGUUUAUGGGACCAUUUCAAUGUGAGCAAUAUUUGCAACAUAACAUUUCAGUGCUCUCCAAAGCCAUUACAUGUGCAUUGCUUCGGGUAGAAAUGAGAGAUGUGAUCAGGUGCCAUAUAAUGGAAGUCCCUUUUAUGACAUUGUAAUAUUACAUAAAUUGUAUGCUACAACUCUAAUUCAUGCAAACGUGUCACAGAAAUACUUAUGAAAAAAAUGAAACCUUUGUUUUCUACUGAUUUACUUCAGGGGAGAUACAUAAGGUUGAUCAGGCUUAGAUUUGUCAUUCUUAUUGUUUUCUUUGUCACAAAUUGUUCUCAUGUUGAUGUCAACAACAAAUUUUAACUGUCUGAAGAAUAAUUCUUGAAAAGCUAUAAAAUAUGUUUUACAAACCAGGUAACGUUUUAACAAAAGUUGUGAUAUGUUUUU